AUGGCCGACAUUUUGCAGCUUCUAUUACUGGCAUGUGUAUCCGUCGUAUUUGGAUACGUAAGAUAAAAGAUUUUCUUUAGAAUAUGUUGUUUCACAAUUCUAGGUUGAUGAAAGAUUUUGGGAGAUGAUUCGCGACGGGCAACGGUUGAGGCAAAAAUUUCCGUUGGCCACGUUCAAAGACCAGCCAAUAGUUCAAGGCAAAAUUGCGGAGUACUACCCGGCGAUGUUGUAAGUAGCCGAGAACAUACCAUUACGUUUGGAGAUAAAUAUUCCAACAAGUACUUGAAAAAUCUUGAAUAACCUUUAGCAAAGAAAAAACAGUCAUGGAAUGCGCAGAGCCGGUCAGACGAAAAACAUUUUUUUCUCAUUUCCUUGUUGUUUCUGCACAGAAAAUUUAGAUUUUUUGUAGAAAAUAUAUCAGACAGUUUUUCAGCUUCACGGAUGACGCGACAGGCGCCAAAUCCGUUAAUUUCGGCUACGCUUAUAACUACACUCGCGGUUACAGCGGAGUGUUCAACGUUAAUGGGACUACGGUAAUCCGAGGAAACGAUUAUCCCUAUAGAAUUCUGGUCAAUUACCCAAGAAAUCCGUAAGAAUUUUUGUCAUUAGAAUUAUGUUAUGCUAGACCUUUUAAAAUAACUGUUGUUAUAUAUCAUUACUAUAAAAAAUGCUUUUAGAUUUUACUUGAUCAACCCAAGAGAUUUGCAUCGGGAUGAAGAGCGAGUGGAAUACAAUAACUUUUCAUUGGUUUUGGUCAAAAUCCCAGGGCAAGAGACCUCUCUAUUCGGCGGAUGGAAAGAUGAUGGACCAUAUUCAUACAUACUCACAGUGGAUCCACUAAAUUUUCAGCCUGUUAGACUAGAAGGAUCAAAUGUCAUCACUGAUAAUCCAACCUGGUCGGUGGUGAAGCAAAAGAAAUCUGCGUAA